AGAUUGUCCUGGUACUAUGCUCCCUCUUUUCUGCUCCUCUGGCUGGCACUUUUCUUUUCCAUCGUCAUACCGCUCUAUAAAAGACUUCCAGAUAAAGUAACCAUUGCAGAAGAACCUUCAAAGUUGGGAGAAUUCGUGGCGGAACGGGCAGAAAGACUGUUGUAUGACUUCGAAUGGAUUGGUCCCAAAGUUGUGGGUAGCCGAGCGAAUGAGGUGGACACGGUUGCAUUCCUUCUAAAUGAAGUGGAAAAUAUACGUAAGGAAUUGCGUAAUGAUCUUUAUGAGCUCGAAGUGGAAGUUCAGACGCCUUCUGGUGGUUUCUUGCUUGGCAGCAUGUGGAAUAUGUACCAAGGCAUCCAGAAUGUAAUCGUUAAACUAAGUACAAAGCUAUCCAAAAGUGAAUAUUAUCUCUUGAUCAACAGCCAUUUCGACUCAAAGCCAGGCAGUCCAGGUUCUGGAGAUGAUGGCAUUAUGGUUGUGGUUAUGCUGGAGGUCCUAAGGCAAAUGGCGACAUCUGAAACACCUUUUGAGCAUGGAAUAAUCUUUCUAUUUAACGGGGCCGAGGAAAAUGCUCUGCAGGGUGCUCAUGGCUUUAUUACCCAACACAAAUGGGCGGCCAACUGCAAAGCACUUAUAAACCUUGAGGUUGGUGGCAGCGGUGGGCGUGAUCUUUUGUUUCAGAGUGGACCCAAUAAUCCUUGGCUGAUGAAGUAUUAUAGAAAAUAUGCGAAACAUCCUUUUGCCACCACACUAGCCGAAGAAACCUGGCAGGCUGGAAUUAUACCCUCCGACACAGACUUUCGAAUUUUCCGGGAUUAUGGGAAUGUGCCUGGCUUGGACAUUGCACAGGCUAAUAAUGGAUAUGUAUACCACACAGCCUUCGAUUCAUAUAAAGUUAUUCCUGGGCGAUCUAUACAGAACACUGGGAAUAAUGUACUCGCCCUUGCGAGGGCCUAUGCAAAUGCCAGUGAAUUAUACGAGACGGAGGAAAAUGAUGACGGCCAUGCAGUCUUCUUUGACUUCCUCGGACUUUUCUUUGUUUAUUACACGGAGACUACUGGUAUUAUUUUAAACUGCUGUAUUGGAGUAAUCAUUUUGGUUUUAGUUGGUUGCUCUCUUUGGAGAAUGUCCCGCCUGACGGAGAAGGUGUCACUGGGUCGGAUUUCACUGUGGUUCCUCAUCAUAUUGGGACUGCACGUGCUGGGAGCUCUCCUAUGCUUUGGCCUGCCUUUAUUAAUGGCUGUCCUAUUUGAUGCUGGAAAUCGGUCACUGACUUACUUUACUAGUAACUGGCUGGUUUUUGGGCUAUACAUAGGUCCUGCAGUUAUCGGACUAGUACUACCAUUGACUCUUUACUUUACCCUGAAGCCAAAUGAUAAGCUCAGCCAUCCAUAUCUCAUCCAGAUGAGUUUGCAUGCUCACUGCGUGGUCUUGGCCGUGCUUAUGCUUAUUUUAACCGCUUUUGGUGUCCGGUCUCAGUAUCUGUGUUUGGUGUCUUUGAUCUUCUAUGGUGGUGCUGUUCUAAUAAAUCUGCUAAGCAAAUUGCACGAUCGUGGUUACUAUUGGUCCCUAGUAGUGAUAGUUCUUCAGAUCUUACCGUUCUGCUACUUCUGUUAUCUGUUCUACAUGGUACUUGUAGUUUUCUUUCCGAUCACUGGAAGAAAUGGUAUUGGUUCAAAUCCUGACCUAAUAAUAGCCCUCCUGUGUGCUUUUUGCACUUAUUUUGCUCUGGGAUUUGUGGCCCAAUUCAUUAAUGUGUUUCGUUGGCCAAAACGUAUACUCCUCGGCCUGGGAGUGGUAACCUUUAUAUUCAGCAUGAUUGCGGUUUCAGAGGUGGGAUUUCCAUAUCGUAAAGAAACCAAUGUGAUGCGAAUUACUUUUAUGGAAACUAAUCGCAUCUUCUACGACUAUUUUGGCACGGAGAUUCAUAGGGAUUCGGGCUACUAUUUCAUAUAUCAAGAUAGACGCGGCCUAACUCCACUUGAGGACUCUGGUGUCAAUCUGACUGGACUAGUCUCAAUGGAGCCCGACUGCGAUAAGUAUGUGAUGUGCGGAGCACCAUGCUUCUACUUUUGUGGCAGUCGGAGAAAUGCAGGUUGGCUGCCUCGCGAUGUGACUAUGCUUGGAGAUGUAAAUCUAUCUUUAGUGGAAAAGAUCGCUCAGACCCGGACUACCGUGAGAUUAGAAUUUGAGCUUUCUGGACCGCCUCAUAUGAACGUAUUCAUCCAGCCAGUGGGUGAUGCUGAGAUUUCGGACUGGUCCUUUGAGCGGAAAUUAUUGGAUGAACCAGAUACCUUCAAGCCACCUUACUUUAUUUAUUUUUCUUACGGAAAAGACAGUAGUCCUUUGAAGUUCUACGUUGAAGUAACGAAAUCCGAUGGUGACUUUACUAUACCAAUCAUGGAACUAGGAGUUGUUGGUCAUUUUGUCAGUUACGAUUUUAAACGUGAUGCAGAGACUAAGCAGUUUUUGACUGACUUACCCAAAUAUGUCCAUGCUAUGGAAUGGCCUGCAAUAUUUAAAGGAUAUAUAUAUUAGAAAUUUUAUAGCUAUAACUAUGCAGUAUGAGUUUUUAUUGACUUAUAAAAUGUUAUACUUCAGCAUAAAGAA